AAUACCAAACCGUGCUAAGCCUCUGUAGUACCACUAUACUCUGCUAUAGUCUGUCUACCGAAUAUUCUCCGGCAACAAUGGAUUCCGAUACUUCUUAUUUUCAAAAAACGGUGACGCUUCGAGACUGGUGGUUAGUAAUAUCCGACGGUGACAAAUUCAAAAAGGGCCUUGCUGUUUCCGGUUUUACUUGUACAGGGAAAAAACAAGCAAUGCGUGUGUUUCAUUCUGCGGCUAUUACUAAAAGAUUUGAUGCUUUUACUGUUGAGACGGCUGAUGGUAUAAUUGUUGUUUUUCAAGGCUUUAUUAAUAAGCUGCGAACUGCCGAAAAUGGAUUUUCGUCUGAGGUUUUCAAGCACUUCUUGUUUGGAUUUCCACCUUGUUGGGAAGAAUGUGCUGGCAAAUGGGCCAAACAAGCCAGAGCAGAAGAAAAUGAUGUUGGUAAUAUAGAAAAUAAUGCAACAGAGAACCGUCAACCCUCAUCAAGUUCUCCUAAAUAUGCUGAUAGUUUAAUGAAGGAUAAGGGAGUGGUGGAAGUAGGAUCUUCGAGCAAUCAUGCAGUAGAACCUUCUGAGAGGUCAGAUGAUCAUGAAAGCAACAAGAAAAGCAAGGAGUCCAUUGAAAAAUCAAUAAAUGAACAGUCAGCUUUUGUAACAAGUGUCAUCAUUGAGAAUGAUGCAUCAAAAGAAAGUUUAAUACUUGAGAGUGCUGAUAUGAGGAAUCCUGAUGCCUCCAUUCAGUCAAAAAAAUCAGAAAAGAUGAGAAAACAAAUUCAGGGAAACAAGCGCGACCUAAUUUGUGAACUUACAAAUGUUUCAACUGCUUCUUUAUCUCAAGAUCCUAAGGCUGUAUUAGGAUGUGUUAAUGAGGAAGAAGUAGGAUGUGAUGACUCUGUACUGACACCUACUGUCGGAGAUUCUGGUACUUUAGAACAAUGUUUGUUUAGUUCUGAGGAUACUGCAGUGCAGGCUGUCAUAGGAAUGAAUGAUGUCACUCAAUCUCCAAUAAAAAGGAGAUCAGAGGAUGCAAUUCCCAGUAAUUCUGAUUGCCGAAGACGAAGCAGGCGCAUGGCGAAUUUGAAUAACAGCAAGAACCACAAACCUGUGUCUGGAUGUUCUGUGAAGCACCAGAAAAAUGAUCCGACUCCAGACCUUAUCAACCGCCAACAGAAAAGAAGACUGAAGAACUGUUCCCAUCCAACUCUUGAGGAAGAACCCGAAUCGCCACAGGUUUUCAAUAAUUUCUUGUUUGGAUUUCCACCUUGUGGGGAAGAAGGUGCUGGGAAAUGGGUUAAACAAGCCAGAACAAAAGAAAAUGAUAUCGGUAAUGUAGAGAAUAAUACAACAGAGAACCUUCAAUCUUUAUCAAGUUGUCCUAAAAAUGCUGAUAGUUUAAUGGAGGAUAACGGAGUGGUAAAAGUAGGACCUUCGAGCAAUCAUGCAGUAGAAUCUUCUGAGAGGUUAGAUGAUUAUGAAAGCAACAAGAAAAGCAAGGAGUCCAUUGAAAAGUCAAGAAAUGAACAGUCAGCUCCUUUAACAAGUGUCGCCAUCGAGAAUGAUACAUUAAAAGAAGGUUCAUUACAUGAAAAUGCUGAUAUGAGCAAUCCUAAUGCCUCCAUUCAGUCAAAGAAAUCCGAGAAGAUGAUAAAGCAAAUUCAGGGAAACAAGUACGAGAUAAUUUGUGGACUUACAAAUGUUUCAACUGCUUCUUUGUCUCAAGAUCCUAGGGCUGUAUUAGGAUGUGUUAAUGAGGAAGAAGUAAGAUGUGAUAAUUCUGUACUAUCACCUACUGUUGCAGAAAUGAAUGAUGUUACCCAAUCUGCAAUAAAAAGGAGAUCAGAGGAUGCUAUUCCCAGUAAUUCUGAUUGCCUAAGGCGGAGCAGGCGCAUGGCGAAUUUGAAUAACAGCAAGAACCAUGAACCUGUGUCUGGAUGCUCUUUGAAGCACAAAAAAGAUGAGGCUACACCAGACCUUAUCAACCACCUGCAGAAAAGAGGAUUGAAGAAUUGUUCCCGUCCAAGUCUUGGAAAAGAACCUGAAUCGCCACAGGUUAUUCUUAAAACUGCGAGAAGGUCAACAAUUAUGUCUGAGAAUUGCAGGAAAAAAGUUGAACAAUUAUCAGUCAAGCGAGGAGGUUUGUCCGUAGAGAAAACCAGAAGGAAGAGUAUUCAUGAUGCUCAUAAAAGCACAGAUGAAAAGAUUUUUCUCUCUCCUGAAUCCUUGAAUCUUAAAAGAUCUAGAUCAGGGAGAUUACUAUUACCUACUCUGGAUUUCUGGCGCAACCAAAUUCCAUUAUAUGAUGCGACCAGGGGACAAGGAGGACAACCUGCUCAACACACAGAGUGGAGUCUUAUGAUCGUAAUAUCUCUGGAAUUCUGGAAGAAAAACCAUCUAGAGGGAGUAAAUCCGAGCCUCAGAAGAAGCAAAAGCGAAGAUGAUAAUUCACACAACCGCCGAUUACAGUAGCCCUUGGGAUCAGUGUGGUCACCUUGUACCUGGUUGCAAAUUUUGUUUUGACAAGGGAGAAGCUGGGGGGGAUGAUAAUGGACAUACAAAUCAUGGGAAUUGCAAUAUGGGUUUUUUCUGCCUUAAAAUACUCUCGUAAUUAGCUAUGUAAUUAAUUAUAGGCUACUUAAGUUGGGCCAAUGUUUGCUGUUGUAGUAGUAGUUAUCUAUGUAAAUGUAGGCUAAUCAAGUUGGCCGAUCUUUUGUUUUUGUAGCAACUCUUUCUAAAAUAGAGUUAUUUUCUUUCUAACAAA